CAUCUCGCUCCCUCCUACCCUUACCAGCAACUCCCCACCAUUGCAGGUCCGUCCAACGCGCAUUACCCUACUGCGCCACUCCCCCAAGGUCAAUAUGCUCCCUUGCAGACGGAAUCCAGUGGGGGCUCAAGCGUGGAGCCAACUUCCUUUGUUCUCGACUGGACGACAUCUACCAGGCCUCGUAAGCGUAAAACCCGCCAGACCUCUAAUCUUGAAGAUGGUUUGAGUUCGUCCGUUCCACCAACAACGCGCAAGCGCAGACGCCCGAACGUCGCCGACGACUACAGACCAGGCAAGUUUGGUCCGUACACGCUAGCGGAUGCCGGUGCCACGAUCAUGACCAUGCCUGUUCACGACCCAAAACCUGUUGACAUCAGUAGCCGCAGGACCCAUGAUCCCAACGGAAAUCCCCUCCGAACGAGGAGAUUUGGGGCGAUGGAACUGGACGAUACGUACCCCGAUGCAUCUGGAAACAUCCCUGACCACCACUGGCCACAGUUGACCUGCGUACGUUCAUGCGAUUGGACCGACCAGCCGUGCGGUCUGUUCAUAGAGGUGGACAAGGUCCGUAUUGAAGACCAUCUGUGGUUUUGGCAUGGGGUCGAAGCAAAAAAAUCCACUCCCUGCAAAUUCGAAGGUUGCUCGGACGCAGGGACGAUGAUGUAUUUGAGUCGUCACAUCGAAGGGGUCCACUUUGCUACAUCCUACCGAUGCCCCUAUUGCAAGAAGCUGUCGUCGAGGACCGAUUCUUUGGCUCGGCAUCAGAAGGGGUGCAAACAAUUGCUUGCUAGCAGGGCCCACGCUGAGCAUUGGAAGUACGAAUUCUCUCUUCAAGCGAUGAUCAAGUCGGUUUCUGGAUAUAUCGUUCCUGCCAAGAACGCGACGUAGGAUAGCGUCUGAACAUUGUCGACUGCAAUUCUUGAAAACAACUUCUUUUUACGGCUAAUGACACUGAUUCCAUUCUAUCACCGACAUUCCUUUAGAAUAUUCUCUCUAAUGCGAACGACACUCAUUUCAUUCUAUUACCGACAUUCCUUCUGAAAUUUGUUUUCUCUACGGUUAACCACACUCGCUUCAUUCUACCACCGACAUUCCUUUUGAAUAUUCGCUCUUUUCGUCCUUGCUUAUUGCAUCUUCUGUAUGGUUAUUGAAUUAUCUUUGUCGCACAUCUUUAUUGCACGCUGGACGUGCCUAACGUGCCUUACCAUAGCGCUCGGUCUGUCUUACAUAUGAUUGUUGGUUUUGUGGGAAGUUGAAAGUACCUAGUCACUAUCAUAUCUCGUUAUGGAGCUUGGAGCUUUGCAUCGUCGUUG